AUGAGGAAACCAACUAUAGAAGGUCAGCUCUUUUAUGUUGAGGAAAUGGAUCAGUUGGCAGAUGAGCUUUUAGAAGAGUUAUCAACAGAGGAUCCCUACAAACUCGAUCGAGUCGAGCUCGAACAAACGAACUCGAUCGAGCUGGGGACUGAAUGCAAGGAGCAAGCUCAAGGAGAUUGGUCUGAGCUCAAGGCGCCUAAAGUCGACCUCAAACCUUUGCCUGAGGGCCUCAGGUAUGCAUUUCUGGGUGAAAACUCAACUUACCCUGUCAUUGUGAACUCUGAUUUGGAACCUGAACAGUUGAGUGCUUUGCUUGUUGAAUUGAGGAAGUACAGAAAGGCAAUAGGUUACACUCUAGAUGAUAUCAAGGGGAUCUCCCCUGACCUAUGCAUCCAUAGGAUUCAUCUAGAGGAUGAAAGUAAGUCAAGCAUUGAACCUCAAAGGAGAUUGAACCCCAAUCUAAAGGAAGUAGUGAAGAAAGAGAUACUCAAGUUGCUUGAUGCUGGGAUAAUCUAUCCCAUCAGUGAUAGCACUUGGAUAUCUCCAGUUCAUUGCGUCCCAAAGAAAGGGGGGAUCACUGUCAUUAAAAAUGACAAAGAGGAGCUGAUUCCCACUAGAACAAUAGUGGGGCAUCGCAUGUGUAUUGACUAUAGGAAGUUAAAUUCAGCAUCUAGAAAGGAUCAUUUCCCUCUCCCUUUCAUUGAUCAGAUGUUAGAAAGAUUGGCAAACCACCCUUUUUAUUGUUUUCUUGAUGGCUACAGUGGUUUCUUCCAAAUCCCGAUCCACCCUAAUGAUCAGGAGAAGACCACUUUCACAUGCCCUUAUGGCACCUUUGCUUAUCGAAGGAUGCCAUUUGGGCUGUGCAAUGCCCCAGCUACUUUCCAGAGGUGCAUGACCUCCAUUUUUUCAGAUCUGAUAGAGGAGAUGGUAGAAGUCUUCAUGGACGAUUUCUCAGUCUAUGGAGCAUCCUUCUCCUCAUGUUUGUCUAACUUGUGCAGGGUGUUGCAGAGGUGUGAGGAGACAAUCUAG